AUGUCAGGCGACUCCUGUGUUGCCGACUACAAAACCGCCGAAUGGUCCUACUAUCGCUACGAGCCUUCGGUCGGAGUGAACACUCUCUUCGUCAUCCUCUUCACACUCACGACAGUGCUCCAUGUGGUCCAGCUCUGGAAAACACGGACCUGGUACCUUGUUUCUCUCGCCAUCGGUGGUUUAUGUAGGUGCAGAACAUGCAUGACACGGUGCGAGAUCAUCGGUUACAUCGGUAGAGUCGUCGGCGCGAAGCAAGAUGUCGGUUGUUGGACCAUGGGCCCGUUCGUCAUCCAGAGCCUGCUGAUUCUUAUCGCCCCGGCUCUGAUGGCAGCUUCCAUCUACAUGAUACUGGGUCGCGUCAUCCUCCUCACCGACGGCGAGAAAUACGCCCUUAUCAAACGACGAUGGCUCACAAAGCUCUUUGUGACUGGUGACGUCAUCUCACUGUUCGCGCAGGCUUCUGGUGGCGGCCUGAUGGCUUCCGAUGGUCAGCACAAACUUGGCGAGAACGUCACUAUUGCCGGCCUCUUUGUGCAGUUGACCUUUUUCGGCCUUUUUAUUGUUGUCGCCGCCCUCUAUCACCGCCGACUUCUACGAGCUCCGACCCCGGAGGCUUCAAACCCAAAGGUCCGCUGGCAAGCCUACCUCAUAACGCUAUAUGUGACGGGCGCCCUGAUCUGGGUGCGAAGUCUCUUCAGGGUCAUUGAGUUCAUCCAAGGCAACGACGGAUCCAUUAUGAAGAGCGAGGCCUACGUCUUCAUUUUCGAUGGCUUGCUGAUGUUUGUUGUGCUGGCCUGGAUGAACUGGUUCCAUCCCAGUGAGAUUGGCCUGCUGCUCCGCGGGAAUCAGCCCAUCACUAAUGGUCUCCAACUCCUCAAGCUUCGCGGACCGGAGGGGAAGGAUGCCGAGAGACUGUCGUCGUCUGCCAACAAUACCAUUGUUGGUGAUCAGCAUUGA